AUGGCGUUAUUAAGAAUUAUAUUUAUUUUCUUGGCUAGUAGUUUACUACUUUGUAGUACUCACGUUGCUAAGGCUCAAUCAUCUUUUACUUUUAAUCAAACAUUAUACGACAAGAAGUGGAAUGAUGAGUCCGAAAUUGUGUUUGGACAGUCCACUGCCCUUACAGGUCAAACCAGGGAACUUGGAUACCCGCUAAUGGUCGGAAUACAGGCAGCCUUUAAGGAAAUUAACGAAUUGGGAGGUGUGUGGGGAGGUAAAAAGCUCCGUCUCUACUCAUUGGACGACGGCUAUGAACCUCCUCGAUGCAUCAAUAAUACUCUCGUUUUGCUGAAUAAUCAGACAAUAUUUGGCCUAUUGGGUUACAUGGGAACGGGUACAAGUCAAGCCAUUCUCAAUCUACUCAUAGAAUCAAAAAUGCCUUAUAUUGGGGCCUUAACUGGAGGAUUGUUUCUACGUACGCCCUUCUAUCCAAAUAUUAUCAAUGUGAGAGCCAGUUAUCAAGACGAAACUGCAGCCAUGGUUGAAUAUUUGGUCAACAUUAAAAUGUUGCGAAGGAUUGCCAUUUUUUAUCAGAAUGAUGCUUUUGGAGUUUCAGGAUUGGACGGAUCCACUCUUGCUCUGACCGCUCUUGGCAUGAGCCUUGUUUCUAAGGGAACGUACGAAAGAAAUACGAUCGAAGUUUCGAACGCACUCGAAUCUAUUGUGAAAGGAAAACCACAGGCAAUUAUUUGCAUGUCAACUUACAAACCUACUGUAGAAUUCAUUAAUCGAGUCAUGGCCAGAACAGAUUAUGAUCCUGCAAUUUUAUUCGUGACAGGCUCUUUCAUUGGGUCAAAUAUUCUUCCAUAUAGAGAUCGUGUUGUAAUCACUCAAGUGUUUCCAGCUCCUACCAACACGAAAUAUCCAAUCGUAUUGUCAUACCAACGAGCAAUGAAAGCAUACGACCCUACUUUCAUUCCAUCAUUGGUUGAAUUGGAAGGUUAUAUGGCUGCAAAGCUUACUAUUAACAUUCUCACACAACGAGUAUCUGGAGAUUUGACACGAUCCAAUUUCAUUGAUUUGCUCUAUUCGUCAGGAACGUACGUGAUGGAUAAUACAGUGGUUGGCCCCUAUACCAAAUGCUCCACAACAAGCUCUUCUCGAAGAUCCACAUUUGUAUUUGAGGACACAUCUUCUUCCAAUAAUCCUAUAUUAACAGAAAUUACUCCACCAAAUCAUGAGUCCUCUUCACACAGAAGGUACAAAUCAGACCAAAUUACAAGUCAUCGCCUUAGGAGUGAUUGGACCUCUAGAAGAGUAUUGUCCACUUCCUCUUCUGCAUGCUCUUGUAAUCAAGGGCUUCGAUCAGUGUGGAAGACCAUACAAAACGCUGAUGCUUCGUUCACAGAAAUUGGAGAUCCAGUUGUUUGGGAUUUACCUGGCUCUUCAAGUUUCUCAUGCUUUUUUGACCCUACCAAAAUUUCUCUGCCCAUUGUGUUUGGUCACAUUUCAGACGGUAGCGCAUACGACUCUGAUUUCAUUUCGGGAGUGUCUGCUGUGUUUAAAGACAGAAACGACAAGCAAUCAGGUGUGAGAGGAAAGAGAUUGGAAAUUUUACCUAUUGUCAUCAAUGGUACUGCUGUCUCUGUGGAGUCCCUAGUUAACGCCAGCAGAAAAUUUGUGGUGGACAAUAACGCCAUAGGCCUUGUGGGAAGUAAGAUUAAUAGCAUCCCAACAGCCACUUCGUUUUUAGAACAAUUUGCAUCACAGUUCAGUAGCAUGGUGUUUAUAAAUCCAGAGACAUCAUUCGACACACCACAGUUGCGAGACACUUUUUCUCGUAACAUUAUUCAUUUAACCACAUCUAUUAGAGAGAGGUUGUUAUCAGUCCUAGAUUACAGUAUGAAUACUUUGGGAUUGUCUCGCUUCUCGUUCAUUAGUACAGGCGACACCGAUGGAAAAUAUAUUCGCUCAGAGUUUAUGAGAAUGCUGGAAGAGUAUGAGCUUUAUUUGGACAGCGAGAUUAUGUUUUCCUCUUCGAAUAUCCUUUCUUCCUCUCAAGUCAAAGAGUAUCUUACGGUUGAUAAUGCCAACGCUCAAGCGUUUGUAAUAUCAAUACCAAAGGAUGACAUUGACUUUAGGGUUUUGCAGGAAAUUCUUACUGGCAUUGCAUCUAUCAAGCUCAGAAAAGAAAUUGUCAUAUUUUGUCUGUAUUUUAGGAAUUUGCAGUGGGAACCAAGGAUUGCUGAUUUAUUGAACAACUCCUCGUUUUCGUCUAUUAGUUUUUAUUUGGUGGAGCCAUUCCCCUACGUUCGUACAAAGCAUUCGUUUAUUGAUACCUUUCAAUCAGUCGUCAACAAGUAUCUAACCACCCCCACCAAAAACACAACAGGUGUUGUUCAAGGUUUUUUAGUUGGAAGUUUUAUAAUUGAGAUUCUUGACAAUAUUUCUCCACAAUCCUCAAUCUCUGGCUCCAGUUUUAUGGACACUGUGUUUUCUGACUCUGAAUUUAUCAAGUACCAGAUACCGUUCGGCCAAUUCUCAACCACAAAGAAGUGCAGUUUGGGAAUGAGAACAAAUUACAUUGUUAAAUUUGCGACCACUCAAUUUGUUCCUGUAACAACAAUGACUUUUGACAAAUCUAAGUGUGGAGUUGAUAUGAAUGCAUUGAAAGCUAGUGUUCAAGCUCCAAUCAUUUUUGGUAGAUUAUAUCCACUUACAGAUACUAAUGGCCAAAAUUCAUCUCAACAAUUGGACGAUUUUUCAGCUGGCGCAUUGUCCUUAAUUCAAGCCAUGAAUGAUUAUCACGAACUGCCAAGAACCAUACAUCUCAAAACUGAAUACUAUACCAGCGAAAUAGAUAUGAUACAAAAGGCAACAGAUCUAAUUGAAAGAACCAAAAUUUUUGGAUUUUUAGGUUCAAAAAUCAUUGGAAAUGCCUCUGGGUUAAGUACCCUUAUUGAUGCACGCGGCACACCUCUAAUCGGACCAGUAUCCGGUCAUACAAGUUUGCGUUCACCUUUUUCUAGAUUUAUAAUCAACCUACGACCAUCCAUUGUUGAAGAAGUAGUUGCAGUUGCUCGUUAUGCACGCACCUUAUUUUUUCAAGUUUCAGACCAAUUGUCAUUAACCAUUCUUGUCGCAAAUCAAGAAUACUGGACUUCUGUAUCACGAAGCGUAGAAGAUUUCUUUGAAAAGAGUGCUGAAAAUGUAAAGAUCACCACCGUGCUAAUGCCAUCAAAUACCAAACGAACCAUCAAAACUGACACGGUUGAUUAUGGAAAUUUUGUUUUUGUUUUGGCCAAUGAAUAUGACACAUGUUCAUUCGUAGCACGUGCAGGAGCUUCAUUAAUUGGAAUUCCUUCUGAAAUCUCAUGUCCAACUCUAUCAGGUUUAAGAACAAAUGUUGUUACCGCAUCUUUUUUAGAAGCAUUUUAUUCGACGUCUUUCACCAAUAUUAUGGCCAAAGAAUUUAUUCAAUAUUUUUCCCUAUAUUAUCCUCAAAGGAACAAGACAAUGCUUUCCUACGAAGGAUUUGCUGUAUGUACAAUGGUUAGCAACAUUCUCAAGUAUAUGAAGAGUGUUAACUUGGACGUGACAAAGCAGUCAUUUGUCUCAACUCUCUUCUACAGAUCCACAUUUGAACUUGGUGUCAAUAAUUUUGGACCAUACGGAGAUACUUGUGACACAAAUAGCGGAACGACGUCAGGCACUAGUUUUACCAGAUCCGUUUCCUCUACAAGCUCUUCCACAUGCUCUUCCACAGCAGCUUUCUGUAGCUGUAAUCAAGGAGCAAAGGAAAUUUAUCUCAACUUUUUGCAAGAUUCCUUUGUCAUGAAAAAAAUUCAAAAUUAUUCACUACGUUUUCAAACUUGUGGAAUUGAAUAUAUUAUUCCUGGUAUAUCAGCGGGAGGUAUUGCAGGUAUUGUGAUUGGAGGAACUCUAUUUUUUGUCAUUACCUUGAUUAUUUGCAUUGUAGCUGUAGUGAUUGCAAAAAGAGAUCCAACUGCCAAACAUGCACCCAAAUCAGGAAAAAUAACUUGUGCAUUUACCGACGUACAAAACAGUACUAAACUUUGGCAAAGCAAUGAGAAGGCAAUGAGGACAGCUUUAGAAAUUCAUAACACCAUCAUGAGAUCAACAUUGAUGCAAUUUAGAGGAUAUGAGGUCAAGACAAACGGUGAUUCGUUUUAUGUCGUAUUCAAAGACCCGCUAGAUGCUGUCACAUGGGCCAUGGAGGUUCAACUUGCAUUACUAAAUGCUAAAUGGCCAAGCGAUCUUUAUCAUGAGUGGGAUUGUCGUCAAGAAUGGGAUCCAAAAACUCGAAAAGCUUUCUGGAGUGGCUUACGAGUGCGUAUUGGUUUGCAUUAUGGAAAGGGAGAUUGUGUUUGGGACAAGACCAUGAAACGCUUUGACUACUUUGGAAAUGUUGUGAACAAAUCGGCAAGAAUUGAGGCAUUAGCACAUGGUGGACAAAUUUUAGUGAGCGAAGAAUUGUUUUACAAAACUCGAGAAUUGUAUUCGAGCGUUGAAUUUAUGAGUGAGACGUCAGAUGGAAAAAUGUACCUCAGUGUCGAUGGUGCUCGUCAUCACCCACUAAGCGAAACACAUGACACUCCCUCAAGUGGUAGUUUCACAUCAAGCUCCAAAACAACUAACAGCUUUAAAUCGAAACGACAGAGGGUUGCCAUUGAAAGAACAUUCACUGCUCGUGAUUUAGGAGUUUAUCCACUCAAAGGACUCUCUGAGUCGAGUCGAGUAUUCGAAAUUAAGUGCUCAGAGAUUGAAAGCAGGACAUAUCCUCCAUUAAGGGUUGCUGUCGAAGAUUUGGAUCGUUCCGAGUCGUCUGUACAACGAGAAUAUCAAGAGUUCAAAAAACGACUGGAUUCAGCUCGUCGCAGUAAUGCCACUGCUUCAGAAGCUUCUCCCUAUGACCAAACGAACUUUGACGCCAUUGAUGUUGACCAGGUAACAUUAAAAAAUAGCUCCAAAAGAAUAACCAGAACAACCAACAAUAGAAUCAUCAUGUACGGAUAUAACCCAGGAAUGUAUGUGCAACCAGGUACCACAACUACCACAGUUACUACUUAUUGGCAAGGUCCACAACCAGCAUGGAUGCCUGCUGGAUUCGUAGUCCCUCCUCAUGUCAUGGCCAACCGAUUCAACUAUGUUCAAGCAGCUCAACAACUCUUUUGGCAAUACGAUCUUAACCGCAGUGGAACUCUCUCCAAGAAGGAAUUCAAGUUUUGUGCUGCUACUCAUUUCGGUAUUCCACCAGUCAAUGCCAAAUAUUUGUUUAGAAUGAUGGAUCGUGAUGGUAACGGCGUGAUUACUAUGGAUGAAUUCAUCAAUGCUUACUUGUUCAUCAUGGCUGGAGGUGCCAGUUACAUUACUCCAAUUCCAUCAUUCAGACAUCGUAUGGGAAUGAUGGGUGGUAUGUAUGGAGUUCCUCAACCAAUGCCAUACGGUGGUAUGCCUUAUGGUGGAAUGCCAUAUGGUUAUCCACCACAACCAUUCAAUUAA